AUGGCUUGCGAUCCUCGAUGUCUGUACGAUCUCCCGAACGAAAUACUGGUGUCUAUUCUCUCGGGCUUUGCGACUCAGGAACUCUUGCCCCUAGUCGUGGUCUCGCGACGGUUUCAUUCCAUCAUCCUCAGAAUCCUACAUUUCCGACUCCUCCUCGCCGCGGCUCUCCCGGACUAUAAAUUAAUCCUGGAGGCGUACCAUCCAAGCAAGCGGUACAGCGACCCCUAUUUAUUCUGCACAUACCUGGGUACCGAUGGUCUCAGUUCGAAACAUGAAGGUGAAGGGAGCCUCUAUGAGGACUGUGAUGGAGAAGAAGGAAGGCUCGCGAAACUAGGUGGGCUUUACAGUCGGUUCAGACCCGAGCGCCCGGGAGUACAGGGCUCAAUGCCCGCACGACGGAUUGCCGGUGCUAUGCUCAACACCGCGUCAUCCUCACCGAGUGGAACAACACCGAUCUAUGCCGACGGAGGCGACGGGGGCUUCACCAAAGUGGCACACACGUUGAAUCUCGAUGCCGACGAGUUGUUUGGCCAGUUCUGUGCCUAUGCGAGUCUUGUGAGGCUGGGUCCACGUAGAGGGGUCUUUCUCAGCAAUGUCCACAUUGUCCGAUCAGGCCAGGGCGUCAUGCGAGUGUGGAAACAAUGGCUCCAGGAUCGCGCCCAGGAGUUGUGGCAACACGAGCGAGAGACUGAGGCUGUGCCAUUGGGUUCGAUGUCCACUACGAGUUGUCCCACGAUUGGCGCGGAUAAAAAUAUUAUGUGGACGGACUAUAGAAAGAAUGUCGGCCUGCGGGUUGCAGUGCGUGAUCGGAGUGGAAGAUGCUAUGGAAAUCAUGCUGCCGAGUUCGACGACUUGCCCAUGAGCUUUACAAUAGAGAUUCAAGAGCUCGUGGUGCGAACGACUCACCUGAUGCUGGCUGUGGAAGCGUCCACGCAGCAACAGGGCAAUCUAUCAGGUAAAGCCCUUAUAUUCGGCAGUUUCGCCACCACAGCCUCGUCGUAG